GGGUGGGCGGGAGUCACACGAUAAAAAGGCUUUGCUCUGGGGAAAAAACUCUUGAUUCUUUCCGCAGCCUUCCGUUCACCAUCGUGCGGUAUGAAGCGUCUACCUGGAUACUUACCGUCAUUACGCUCAUUUAGGUGACUUUCUUUCCCUCCCGACUUGGAUUCUACUUUAUGAUGAUUUUGGAUAUGUACCUUUGGGAUGAAAAGAACCCUUUCCCUGCCCGCCGAAGUAAGAUAAAAUAGGGUUUCGCUGACAUUGGAGUUACUCCUCUCGUUCCAUAUGAAGAAGUCAAACAUUUUGAUAUGCACCUGUGUCCAUUUAUUACUGUACUUGACAGUUGCUGCCUAUUCCAGUGAAAUAGGAAAUCCCAUUACAGAUGACAUCAAGAAAAUUUCUUUGUUGAAACAGAAUAUUCCAAAAGACUACAAGAUUACAUUACGUUAUAUACCUAAAGAAGUGAGUGAUAUGUGCUGGGUGAAGCUAAAUGUAUUUCACUUGGAGGUGAGCUUAAAAGGCUUGGCACAGAAGUUCGGGAACAUAUCCUCCAAUAAAGAUAAUAUAGGCACUUUUGUUCAAAUACUGCAAGAGAUGCGGUAUCACAUUGGACAUGGCUUGGAGGAUUCAAUGCUAGAAUUCGAUUGUCACUACAUAAAUGAGAUGUGGCUUACGGCAAAGUAUUUUGAAUUUGUGGAGGACUUCUUCAACACUGCCAAUUCAUCGAGAGAUGCCGAGGAUUGCGAGCCCCCGCCGUGUCCCACAUCUACAGAAACAACAGUAACGACAACUGCCACAGCGUCGUCAACGUCAGCGCAACAUAGUACAAAUGAGAAACAUAACGGUUUGCCUGAUGACCCCGAAAAAGGGGCAUUCCUUCCGACAGUUGUGCAGAGCAGUCUUAUGUCGCUGCUCGCCAUCCCGUUCAUCGCAGUGGUGGUGUUUCUCAUGGUCUGGAAGAUGAAAUCUAGAAGAAAUGCCCCACAAACUGAAAAGAGUCCAGAAGAAGGUCCCGCCCUUUUCUCAGGAGAGGAAGCCAAUAUACCCCCGUUAGAUGUGGAGAUAUCUGAAAAAAACAGAUUAAAUAUUAUCAUGGCAGUGUAAAUCCAGCCCCAGCUUAACCAACGCAGUCACUCCUUCAGACGGCACAAUGGACAGGAACAAACAAGCACCACCUCCGAAAGAUUCUCUUACCGAACUUCUAGUUGUGAAGGAAGGAUGUAUACUGGCCUGAGAUGCAACAAACUGCUCUUUGAGAACUGAUGCCCUCUCUUAUCAACCACUGCUGAGCCCUUCGGGCUAGAUACAGUUGCUUCUUCUGAGAACUUCUGAGAGUCGCUCUUCAUGCUCUUUAAAGCUUCCUUCUCCUCUUGGAGACUGCAAGGAGACUGUGCAGGAGGAAUUCGAUGAAAAACAGAACGAAAGCAACACGGCAUUGGAUUCAGCUGGAGGCAUCAAAUACCCAAGCGCAGUUUUUGGAGCGCAGGAGUCGCAGUUCAGAAGGAGGGCAGCCAUAUUGUUGCUUGAGAGCAGAUGGCUAUCUAAAAGGAGUUAAAGCAGAAUUGACUACCUCCAGCUGCACUGGUCAAUCUCCUUAUUUCUUUCUUCAUCCUUGUUCUCUCUCUUUCUUUUGGUCUGGGUGUCCAGAUAGACGCCUUUUCCGUUUUUUGAGUGCUUGAAUCAGUAAAAUCGUUCUCAGAUUGUAUCAUCUGAUUUGUGAAUUGUUUUUAUUGUCACAAACGACUGGUGGUGUGGACCUAAUUUAUUUAUUUUCUGAAUAUGACAUGACAGCUGCUUGGCAUCAAAUAUCGAUCGAGAUGACGAAUCCCUGAUCGUCUCAACCUUAAAACAUUUCCAGCAAUCCUUAAUCGCUUGUGUAUUUCGACAAUAAACCCUACGUCCAUACUAGCCGCGACCUUCUAAGUACCAUUAUAGCUCCUCACAGACGCCCUUAAGCGUUAUUAAAGCUAUAUAUCAGUACACCCGUGAUUUAUGCUGUUAGUUUUACACUACGGCUUUUUAUGAAGUCAGCUUCAGUGUUUUUGACGUCAUUUAGUAUAACGAAAUUUCUGGUGGCUGCUAAUUUUAUAGACCAAUCAGCUUUUGUCAUUAGAGUUUUAUAGCUUGUAGAAAAAAAAACUGCCAUACUAGAGUGAAAUGCAUCAGUCAGACUUUAAAUAUGGGUCAAAACUAACUCAAGUAGUAUUACGUCAAACAAAACGGUACACCUCACACCACAAAAUGCGACUUUUUUGGAAUACAGGAUGCCAUCGUAAGAUCUCGCUAGAAGUAAUAGAAAACCUACAUAUAUGCUUCUACUCGUAUUUUUGUGCCUUUUCAUAGCAUGGCUCUCCCUGUAAAGAUUCUUUUCGGAUAACCAGCCAUAUAUUUAUUACUGAGAAAAAAAAUAAUAUAAUAAUUAUAUUGCACUAGUUAUAUUCAAGAAAAUUCCUUUAGGACAUUUCAGAUUAUUUUUUCAAGAUAAGCAUAACACGAUCCGGUUCUGGAUUCGGUCUCCUGCUGAGUACGAAUCAAUUUAUGCAUGUUCACAUCUGACGUCUUACAUGGCUUGCGCUUAAUCUGUACAUACUGAUUUAUGAUAGCUACAACUCAUAUAGACAAGUGCUAAUGAUUUUGAGACGAAACUCAGAGGAGAUCAGAUUUGAUUUGUACCCUGCUUUCUCCAACUGGUUGUAAUGAUCUAUAUCCUGUGUUGUGGGGAAUAACCUGUUGUCUGCCCAGUCUUUGUUUUCUUAGAGCACAACAGUUUUUUUUUUUUUCAAAGAUACUGCAUGUAAAGUGAAGUUGACGUUUGGUGAGUAAUAUCUUGUCCUGGUUAAGGUGGUUGUUUACAAAAACGCGUAUUAACAUAGGAAGCAAUGGAAAGGUCUCAUUGUAGUGUUUUCAUGCAGUUAAUCCAAGUCAUUUUAAAGCUCUCGAUGGGGCGUGUCCGUGUAAGUAUAUGCUUUUUCCAUCAAAGUAAACCACUUCAGACCAUCUCAGAGUAGUUUGGGACAGUGCUGGUAAUGUAACAGCGUGAGGUCACAGAUUAUAAACAUGCAAAAUUCAUUUUUACACGCAAUUUGAGAAUUUCAUUGAACCAGAGUUUUUAGUCUGUCUAAAGGGUGAUGAAGCUUCCUUUGGCAUCUUUGUUUGUGCCCUGAUAAGGUUCCAUGUAAAGAAUCAAUAAGUUUGCGACAGAUAAGCUGCACCAUAGGAAUCUUCAAAUGUGGGAACAUCCCUACAUGUUGUAGGCGUUUUAUGUGUAAAAACCUUGAAAAUGGGAGUUAAGACCCCCCAAAACACAAACCACAGACCACAUUGAGCUAGCCAGUGAAAUUCCCACCACUGCCCUGAAACUACUGGGAAAGUUGGCGAAGUGUCAGAAGGCACUGUUGCUCUGUUUUAUGAUGCUGAGAUGAGAGGGACGUACAAGGGAACUGUACCAGGAUUUUUCAGAUUUGGCAUGUCCCAACUGACGCAAUUGGAGCCUGCAUCAUAUUUGUACGACUGCAGAACACAGUAAGUCAGGAAGCCAGUCAGGGUGCCAAAAGUAAACAAGGAAUUGUGGCCCAGUCAUUGUCUGGGUGACAGUCUACUGUAUUCUGUAUUUUAUAUGAAUAUAUGCAAAUAUAUGUAUGAGAUGUGAAUAAAGUACAUUUAUCCACCAUUGCUGAGGCCUGGAUGGGCUUUACUUCUCAUUACGACUAAUAAAACCAUGAUAAUUACA